AUGCCUUGUUGGUGUGGAGGGACGUGGCCUUUGCCACACGGUGUCACACCCAUAUUUUUCAAAAUUUUGGCCAUUGCAACACACGGUUUCUCAAUAACGUUUGGAAACAUUAAUUGGCGUGGGGCAGUUGUCCAAACACAUGGCGAAGUUAAUUCAUGUGAGGUUGCAAGCAACGUUUUAUGUGCUACUAUUAUCAAGAAAGCGAUGAUUGGAGUUGUGAUGUUCACUUUGGUAGUAGGGUUUUGGGUUCUAUUGAGCUCAGAAGAAGUGACAUCACAUGGAGAUCAUUCUUUUGCGAAAAUUGGAAUACAUCAAGUGACAUUUGCUCUAACUGAUGCUGCCUGUGUGAAAGCUUCUCCUACCAUUCUAGGAUCAAAGGGCCAAAAUUCUGAAUGGGUGAAUGUGUACAUCAGCAAUUUGAACCCAUCAAAUGAUGAUUGGGUUGGAGUUUUCUCCCCUGCCAAUUUCAGCGAUUCAACCUGCGUCCCUGAAAACUCAAGAGUCAGCCCUCCGUAUUUGUGUACUGCACCUAUUAAGUUUUUAUACGCAAACUACAGCAAUCCUAAUUACAAAGAUACAGGAGAAUCAACAUUAAAUCUUCAAUUAAUCAACCAAAGAUCCGAUUUCUCCUUUGCAUUAUUCACAGGCGGAUUAUCAACUCCGAAUCUUGUUGCAGUUUCAAAUACAGUUACUUUUGUGAACCCAAAUGCACCAAAUUACCCACGAUUAGCUCAUGGAAAGAUGUGGGAUGAAAUGAGUGUGACGUGGACAAGUGGAUAUGGAAUUGAUGAAGCAAAGGCUUUUGUUGAAUGGGGUAAAAAAGGUGGAGAACAGAGGCUUUCUUCUGCUGGAACUUUGACCUUUGACCAACGUAGCAUGUGUGGUCCACCAGCAAGAACUGUGGGGUGGCGUGAUCCUGGCUAUAUUCAUACAAGCUUCUUGAAAGAAUUAUGGCCCAAUAUGAUGUAUACAUACAAACUAGGGCACAAAUUAUUGAAUGAUACAAUCAUUUGGAGCAAGAUGUACGAGUUUAAAUCAUCUCCAUAUCCUGGUCAAGAUUCUCUACAACGUGUUAUCAUUUUUGGUGAUAUGGGAAAGGAUGAGGUUGAUGGAUCUAAUGAAUACAAUAAUUUCCAACGUGGGUCCCUUAACACUACAAAGCAACUGAUUGAUGACUUGGAAAACAUAGAUAUAGUCUUUCACAUUGGAGAUAUCUGUUAUGCAAAUGGAUAUCUUUCACAAUGGGACCAAUUCACUUCUCAAAUAGAACCAAUUGCCUCAUCUAAGCCUUAUAUGAUUGCUAGUGGCAAUCAUGAACGUGAUUGGCCCAACUCAGGAUCCUUCUAUGAAAACAACGGUUCAGGGGGAGAAUGUGGUGUUGUUGCACAAACCAUGUUUCAUGUUCCAACUGAUAAUAAAGAUAAGUUCUGGUAUUCUACAGACUAUGGCAUGUUUAGGUUUUGCAUUGCUGACUCAGAGCAUGAUUGGAGAGAAGGAAGCGAACAAUAUAAUUUUAUAAAAAAUUGUUUUGCAUCUGUGGAUCGACAAAAGCAACCAUGGUUGAUUUUCAUUGCACAUCGUGUAUUGGGAUAUUCUUCUUCUUUGGUUUAUGCAGUUGAAGGUUCAUUUGGAGAACCAAUGGGAAGAGAUAGCCUUCAAAAGCUAUGGCAAAAAUAUAAAGUUGAUAUAGCUAUUUAUGGACAUGCACAUAAUUAUGAAAGGACGUGUCCCAUUUAUGAGAAUACUUGCAUGAGUGAUGAGAAGGAGCAUUACAAAGGCGGCUUAAAUGGGACAAUACAUGUGGUGGCUGGUGGUGGAGGGGCGAGCCUUACCCCAUUUGCUCCAUUUAAAACCACUUGGAGCAUCUAUAGAGAUUACGAUUACGGGUUUUUAAAACUUACUGCAUAUGACCAUUCUACCCUUUUGUUCGAAUACAAGAAAAGUAGAGAUGGACAAGUAUAUGAUUCAUUCAUGAUUUCCCGUGAUUAUAGAGACAUAUUGGCAUGUACAAUCGAUAGUUGUCCAAGUACAACCUUAGCAUCUUGAAGAUUGCAUGUGUACACCAUUUGGGGUAUUUUUGGAAAGUUAAUGUGUGGAAAUGGUAUUGUGCAAAAAUAAAAGUGUAGGGGGGUGAUGUGUUUAUGGUUGAUAGUAUAGGGGGUGAGUGUAUUUUAAUGUAGGUAUUUGAUGUUAGGAUUGUAAUAAAUCCAUGUAUGGUGGAGUCGUGCUUGGUUGUCAUGAUGUUGAUCUAUGCAUUUUAGACGAUAUAUGAUCUUGUUAUAAAUGAAA